AUGCAGAACAUCGAAGCUCAAGACGAGAACAAUGCAGAUAUGGAGCUGCUCCAAGGCCUAGAAGAAGCACUGCACUGCACGACCUGCCAGAUCGCCGCCACACAAGCCAGCAUGGCAGAUGAUAUCCAUAAAGGCGCAUACAUUACCUCCCACUACCCACCCUUCUUCCUAAACAACAACACCAGAGACGACAACAUCUCCCCUCUCAACACCACAUCACCCACCGGAGAACCAUCCUUCUGGAAACACAUGUCCGUCUCCCAGCGCGAGCGGUACUACGAACUAGUCGAGCAAGCUCUGAACCACAUCCUCGAUCAGACAAAAGACAUCGACCCCGAAGUUGCCAUCCUCUUCGCCCACUAUCAAAUCGACUUUCACAUCCGCCAGCAUUACCUCUCACACCGAGGGGUGCUUACAUUCUGCCGCAACGCAGACGACAUGCAACAACUCCGCCAUUGGCAAUGGAAGAUGCAUGACAUCGAUCAUCGAAGACCGAUCAACUUAGACAACGUCUGGCCACACGGGUGCAAGCACACCGCAUGGCCAGAUGACAAGAACCUCGAAAUGAUGCACCAAACACUGAUGUGGAAGCGUGCAUGGCCCGCGCGACGAAAGCGUGUGGCCGAAGUCCGAGCUCGAUGGGCGAUUAUCAUGGAAGAGCGACGGAAACAGCGGGAAUUACUGUUGCUUAAGAAGAGGGCUACGAUUACCGUGCGACUUUACUGUCGGGGCGAACUUAUGGAUGUGAGGGAGCUCAAGAGAACUACGCAUUCCGAACCGACUCUCCGACCGGGGAGGAUUUUGAAGAGUUCUGGGUUUUAA